AUGGCAGCGGUCUCUCUCAGAAGGCAGGGCCUUAGGAAAUCUUCUGUAAUGCUUCUAACAGCCCAUAAGUUACUGAGGUUAAUGUUGCCCUCAUCUCUCUCCCCUCCCUCCUUUUUCUUUUCAGAAACAGAGUUGUCAGUCACUGCUGAGUUAGUGCCUACCUCAUCAUGGAACAUUUCAAGUGAGCUCGACAAAGAUUCUUACCUGACCCUCGAUGAACCCAUGAAUAACAUCACCACGUCCCUGGGGCAGACGGCUGAGCUGCACUGCAAAGUCUCUGGGAAUCCGCCUCCCACCAUCCGCUGGUUCAAAAACGACGCGCCUGUGGUCCAGGAGCCCCGCAGGAUCUCCUUUCGGGCGACCAACUAUGGCUCUCGGCUGCGGAUUCGAAACCUGGACACCACCGACACGGGCUACUUCCAGUGCGUGGCGACCAACGGCAAGAAGGUGGUUUCUACCACCGGAGUCCUGUUCGUCAAGUUUGGCCCCCCUCCCACUGCAAGUCCGGGAUCCUCAGAUGAAUAUGAAGAAGAUGGAUUCUGUCAACCAUACAGAGGGAUUGCAUGCGCAAGAUUUAUUGGCAACCGCACCGUCUAUAUGGAGUCUUUGCACAUGCAAGGGGAAAUAGAAAAUCAGAUCACAGCUGCCUUCACCAUGAUUGGCACCUCCAGUCACUUAUCUGAUAAGUGUUCCCAGUUCGCCAUUCCUUCCCUGUGCCACUACGCCUUCCCGUACUGCGACGAGACCUCUUCCAUCCCAAAGCCCCGUGACUUGUGUCGCGAUGAAUGUGAAAUCCUGGAAAACGUCCUGUGUCAGACAGAGUACAUUUUUGCAAGAUCAAAUCCCAUGAUUCUGAUGAGGCUGAAGCUGCCCAACUGUGAAGAUCUCCCCCAGCCAGAGAGCCCUGAAGCUGCCAACUGCAUCCGGAUUGGAAUUCCUAUGGCGGAUCCUAUCAAUAAAAAUCACAAGUGCUAUAACAGCACGGGCGUGGACUACCGGGGGACCGUCAGUGUCACCAAGUCAGGGCGCCAGUGCCAGCCGUGGAACUCCCAGUACCCCCACACCCACACCUUCACCGCCCUCCGCUUCCCAGAGCUGAACGGAGGGCAUUCCUACUGCCGCAACCCGGGGAACCAGAAGGAAGCUCCCUGGUGCUUCACCUUGGAUGAAAACUUUAAGUCCGACCUGUGUGACAUCCCAGCAUGUGAUUCGAAGGAUUCCAAGGAGAAGAAUAAGAUGGAAAUCCUGUACAUCCUGGUGCCGAGCGUGGCGAUUCCCCUGGCCAUCGCCUUGCUCUUCUUCUUCAUCUGUGUCUGCCGCAACAACCAGAAGUCCUCGUCGCCACCCGUGCAGAGGCAACCCAAGCACGUCCGAGGUCAGAACGUGGAGAUGUCUAUGCUGAACGCGUAUAAGCCCAAGAGCAAGGCUAAGGAACUGCCACUUUCUGCUGUACGUUUUAUGGAAGAAUUGGGCGAAUGUGCCUUUGGAAAGAUCUAUAAGGGCCAUCUCUAUCUCCCAGGCAUGGACCAUGCUCAGUUGGUUGCUAUAAAGACCUUAAAAGACUAUAACAACCCCCAGCAAUGGACAGACUUCCAACAGGAGGCGUCCCUGAUGGCCGAGCUCCACCACCCCAAUAUUGUCUGCCUUCUAGGUGCUGUCACUCAGGAACAACCUGUGUGCAUGCUUUUUGAGUAUAUGAAUCAGGGGGAUCUCCACGAGUUCCUCAUCAUGCGGUCCCCGCAUUCUGACGUUGGCUGUAGCAGUGAUGAAGAUGGGACUGUGAGAUCCAGCCUGGAUCAUGGAGAUUUUCUGCACAUUGCCAUUCAGAUCGCAGCUGGCAUGGAAUAUCUGUCUAGUCACUUCUUUGUCCACAAGGACCUUGCGGCUCGCAAUAUUUUAAUCGGAGAGCAGCUGCACGUGAAGAUCUCAGACCUUGGGCUUUCCAGAGAGAUAUACUCCGCUGAUUACUACAGGGUGCAGAGCAAAUCGUUGCUGCCCAUUCGCUGGAUGCCCCCCGAAGCCAUCCUGUAUGGCAAAUUCUCUUCUGAUUCAGAUAUCUGGUCUUUUGGGGUUGUCUUGUGGGAGAUUUUCAGUUUUGGACUCCAGCCCUACUAUGGAUUCAGUAACCAGGAAGUGAUCGAAAUGGUGAGAAAACGACAGCUGUUACCCUGCUCCGAAGACUGCCCACCCAGAAUGUACAGCCUCAUGACAGAAUGCUGGAAUGAGAUUCCUUCUAGGAGACCAAGAUUUAAAGAUAUUCACGUCCGGCUUCGGUCCUGGGAGGGACUCUCCAGUCACACCAGCUCCACGACUCCGUCAGGAGGAAAUGCCACCACGCAGACCACCUCUCUUAGUGCCAGCCCAGUGAGUAAUCUCAGUAACCCCAGAUAUCCCAAUUAUAUGUUCCCAAGCCAGGGUAUUACACCACAGGGCCAGAUUGCUGGUUUCAUUGGCCCACCAAUACCUCAGAACCAGAGAUUCAUCCCCAUCAAUGGAUACCCAAUACCUCCUGGAUAUGCAGCGUUUCCAGCUGCCCACUUUCAGCCAGCAGGUCCUCCCAGAGUGAUCCAGCACUGCCCACCCCCCAAGAGCCGGUCCCCGAGCAGUGCCAGUGGAUCAACGAGCACUGGCCACGUGACCAGCUUGCCCUCAUCAGGAUCCAAUCAGGAAGCAAAUAUUCCUUUACUACCACACAUGUCGAUUCCAAAUCAUCCCGGUGGGAUGGGUAUCACCGUUUUUGGCAACAAAUCUCAAAAACCCUACAAAAUAGACUCAAAGCAACCAUCUUUGCUAGGAGACUCCAAUAUUCACGGACACACCGAAUCUAUGAUUUCUGCAGAGUUAUAAAAUGCACAACUUGUUGUAAAUGUGGUACACAGGAAAAACUAGAAAGUCGUAGAAAAGAUUUAUAUUCAAAUGUUUUUAUUAAAGUCAGGUUCUCAUUUAGCAGAUAUUGCAACAAGUACCUUCUGUGAAGUUUAAGUUGUGUCUUACCAAGCAGGGCAGACACCCAGCCGGAAAGAAACCUUGUGGGAUUAACACCUCAUCAGGAUGUGUGCCAUGACAUUGGGAUUCGUUUCACGUACUGAAACCUGCAAACCGGCGAAGAGGAAAAGAUCCUUGUGAUUAAGCAUCAAACCAAAAAGGAAAGUCAGAUGGUGCUUUGUGUAUUUCACUUUCAGCCACCAUGACCGGUCUCUCCCCAAAAUGUAUAUACCGUAGCAUUUGUCUACCUGCUGUCUUUCCUUCAGGACCUAUGUUCAGGAAUUGCGUUGGUUCAGUUUAAACUCUGUGCAUCUUUAUGUGGAAGUGAUGUUCGGAAGCAAUGAGGAAGCCUUAGGCCAGAUUUGCAAUCCCAGAUGGAAAUGAGCCAUAAGACAAGUAUAAGUGCCCCUGAAGCCUUCUACGCAGUGGGGCUUCUUUGGGAAGGUGCUGAGUGUGGCUCUUUGUGAAUCUCCUCUGCUGAUCAUGCAGGCCUUUCCUACAUUUUCUUUUCCGCCGUGUGUUUACACGGCCCUUGAAAUAAUAUAGGGCAUCAAGCGAUAAGAAGGCUAGAUGUGGAUGUUGGAGUUGAUGAUUGGUUGGUAGUGGUAGUUUAUUUUGUUGCAUUAGAAAUGAGGCACCAAAGGAAGCAGACAGGAAAAGGGCCCCUCGACCUAGAUCAGCAUCCAUGGGUUCCCAUGGGGACAGCCUUACGGGAGCUUCCCUGGACGAAUACAUUGGCGAAUAGAGGUGUGGCUGCAGAUCAGCACAUCCAUGCUUGCAACUUCCUGUCUAUGAGUUGUUCAGUGGACUCUGGGGAAGUAGGAAACUCUAUGAUACACUAUCUAGAUAAUUUAAAGUUUCUCACUUUUUUUUUCUGAUCUGGAAAUAGUCACAGUUUUUAUGUCAGCACCAAGAGUUGCGACAAUUUAUUCAUAGGAUUAGUUGGAAUCCAAAGACUAUGAAUGCUAUUUUGUAAACUAUUACAGUAUUUUUAAAAAGCAAGUACCGAGUUCUCACUUCAAAGAUUACCAUGAACUGAAUUUUUUAAACUGAAUAAUAAAAGCAACAUGAUUAUUUUUACCUUAGUUAGAGGGAGGUAUCGAAUGUGCAUCUCAUGCCAUUUACCUGCUAGCCAUCUUUUGCCAAGUUUAGAAUUCCUGUAGAUGGGUUUCGAGUUCUAUGUAGAAAGGAAUGUUAUGGUUGAUUUUUCUCUUGUUAAAAAAUAGCUCCUUUAUUCUAAGAACAAUGUCUCCAAGUCUCUUUUUUUAUUAUUUUACAGCUAAAGAGACUUAUAAAGAGACUUUCCAGAUAUAGAGUAAUUCCUGGAAAUGAUAUUUGAUGAGGAGAAUGUAAGAGAAUUAGAAGCACAUUGUUGUUCAAUUUAAAAAAAAAAAAAUACCAUUACGAUGAGAAAUCUAGGAAAUAAAUGUUUACCAGGAUAUGUUUCAGUUUUUCCAAACACCGAAUCUUCAAAUAAACAAACAUGGACUUAUAGGUACUGUGAACUUAAACAAUUGGCUAUAUUCAAAUUUAUUCAGAGUUAAAUUAAGACAUUUUUGUGGCAUAAAUAAGCUGACUCAGAAGUUACAUUUCUUAACUUUAGGUAGAGGAGAAUAUUUGUAUCCUUUUGUUGCUAUGCAACUGUUUAAUGAUGAAGAUUCAAACCACAAUUUUGUAUAUCAUACGACAAUCAAUUGUUUUCCAAGAAUAUUUAUUAUUUUAAGUAAAUACAAUUUCAGUGAAUCUUGAGUUUUUCUAGGAGUCCCUUAAAGGGAAAUUAGCAUUCCAUGAGCCAGUAAAAUGCCUACUCUGGAAAAACAUUGCUAUGGUAAAAAAUAAUAAUAAUUCAAGUUAGUUUUUUAUAAAGAACUAUAACAUUUAUUUUAAACAUUUUAUAAUUACUGAAGUCAUUAAGGUGAGCAAACUAAAUUUCAAAACCACUUGUAAUAAUGUAUUUUAUAAUAGCACUGUGAUACUACAUAACACAGUCCCUUUUGUAUUAAAAUAGUAUUUUUUUCACAAACUGAAAAAUAUCUUUUGCUUUGUUGACAAUGUUUUUUUGUAAAAUGACUUUAUUUUCAGAUAUUUUCUUUUUUGCACAAAACUAUUGUUUAUGGUUUGUAUCACAGAAGUGAAAAUAUAUCUUUGCAUUUUUAUAUCUGGUCUGUUUCCUUGUUUCCUUUUGUGUAUUUGUUUUUAACUCAGUAAUAGAUUUUCUUCAAAUAUAUAAUGGCAAUAUGCAGAUAUCUCGCCCUACCAUAUCUUUUCUUAUUUUCACUGCAUGCAUUUAAUCACUGUACUACUUUAAUGUUUGAUUUGUUAUUAUGGGCAUUUAAAAUAGACAAGCAUGGAAUUGUAAUGACAAAAAGGCUAUUUUAUAUUAAGGAUAUAUGCAUUUGUAUUUCACACACCAGAGAUGAUAUUAAACACUGAUUAUUUUAUGCUGCUGUUUAUUAAAAAUGUUUACCGUAAAAUAUUAUUUCCUGAAUAUUGCUAUCAUGGAAGUAUUUGGGAAUUUUCACACUAUUUCUCCUAACGAUUGCUAUUUCAUAGAACGAGGAACCAUAUUUCCUAUUUACAGUAUUUCAUUGAAAUAAUAUUUUUUAAAACAGGCUUUUAAAAAAUACACUUGGGCAUUCUUUUGCUAGUGACCAUAGGUGGAAGGAAGAAUCCCAAUGAUUUCAUGAGCAUAUAUUAUCACCUACAUAUGGCAAAAUUUUAAUUUUUAAAAUCAAAAUAAUAUAUUAAAUAAUUGCAACCAAUGGAAUGUAAAAAUUGGAUUUAAAAGUUGCGUUCUUUUCUGCCUUGAUGCUUUCAGAUGAACUUAGAUAUCAACAAUCAUGUCUUAGGCCCUAACUGGUUUGGCUCAAUGGAUAGAGCGUUGGCCUGCGGACUGAAGGGUCCCAGGUUCGA